AUGCAUUUUCAUUCGAGAAUUGUCUUGUUGUUCUUCAGAACUCAGCUACUAAAGCUAGUCUACACUGAUCACUUGCGCGUGGUGCUAUGGUUGGAAUUACCUGCUGAUCCGUUACGGUUUUUUUGCCCUUUUUUCACCAGUUACAAUGUCAACAUUUCAUCUGAAGAAUUUACUUUCAACCCUGGUUUGGCUUCAUUGCACACGUAUUUGGGUGAGGUGGAAGACACGCGUCACAGGUUGUCGUUCUUGGAUGGGGGUGUGACGUUAACUCUGCCGUUGUUCUAUCUCGAAGGGGUUGUUCUUUUCCCUGAGGCUACGCUUCCUCUAAGGGUUGUUCAAUCCAAUUUCAUAUCUGCCAUUGAGAGAGCCAUGACACAAGAUGAUGCUCCAUUUACUAUAGGUGUGGUUCAUGCUCACAGGAGCUCUGAUAACAGAAGAUUAAAGGUCUCUAACAUUGGGACAACUGCAGAGAUCCGACAAUAUAGGCGGCUAGAAGAUGGGUCACUCAAUCUUCUUACUCGUGGGCAGCAGCGGUUUUGUUUAAAACGACUCUGGAUGGAUGUGGAAGGAGUGCCAUGUGCAGAAAUUCAGAUCAUAGAGGAAGAUUCACCAUUAAGAGUUCCCAGGGAGGCCCUAGGAAAGUUGUCAGCAUUAAGCAAUCUGCAUAGACGUUGUGCACAUUUGCUGCCUGCAAGGCCAUCAUUGCUUGCGAGAGGCAACGAUUCAGAAUCAAGUUCAGACGAAAGUUUUGAGGGUGAUCUUUCACGACAGGAAAAGAAAAUGCAUCUGACUGCUGUAGAGUCUUACUUUGAGUAUGAUAUGAUGGAAGAAUCAACCAGCAGUGAUGAUGAUGAGGUGCUCUUUGACUCAGAAAUCAGAUAUAGAAGAGCUCGGUUAACUGACUCAGAAUUGUCGGUACUCUCAGAUGAGGGGAAAAGAAUUAAAAAAUCUGCCAUGAAACAUCAAUCUGCUUCUGCUUCUGCUUCAAACAAGUUGCCUGACAAAGAAGAAGCUCAGAAAGUGAAUAUCAAACCUGAUUUAAGUCAAUUUUGUAAAUCCUCCACAGCAUUUUUGCCCUGUUGGGUGUACCAAAUGUACGACUCCUAUGAGCUUGCUCAAAGGGCUGCAGAUAAGUGGAAACACAUAGUUGGGACAUCAUGCAUGGAUGAUAUGGUGAAGAAGCCCGAUCUUUUAUCAUUUUAUAUUGCCAGUAAAAUCCCUGUGUCUGAAUCAACAAGGCAGGAGCUGUUAGAGAUUGAUGGCGUUUCUUAUCGACUGCGUCGUGAAAUCGAGUUACUCGAACGAUUUGAUCUCGUACGAUGUAGAAGUUGUAAGACUGUAAUUGCUAGGCGGAGUGACAUGCUGGUGAUGUCAACCGAUGGUCCUCUUGGUGCCUAUGUGAAUCCACACGGUUUUGUGCAUGAGAUAAUGACUCUCUAUAAAGCAAAUGGCUUGGCCCUCAUCGGACGUGCGGUUACAGAAUAUAGCUGGUUUCCCGGGUAUGACACUCUCUCUAUACAUACAUCUUAUGCACCACUUUUAGUGAAGUGAUUUAAGUGGAAGAGUAAAUAAUUGUGAAAUGAUGAAAUGGUCAUAAAAUUUGUUUGUAUAUGAAAUGCCAAAUAACCUCACCAGCUCUUUUGAAUAUUAUAGAAGAGGAAGGGGUAGAAUUAGCAAUAUAGAAAAGAUGAAGUAAAGUGGUGGGUACUGCAUCAAUUUGAACUUAGAUUUUAAAGCUACAUAGUGUAUUUGGUUGGGGAAGUUGGUUAGCAGAUCAUCUGUAAGCACAGCCAACAGAUGCCAGCCUAUAUAAUCAAACAGAGUUUAUCUAAAUUCUCUGAACUAGGGCUCAUGAGUCAUGACCAUGGCCAGAGUAUCAAAGGUUGUCCCGACGUUUACUAAACUUCGCGGAUGGUGGGUGCAUUCGACAUUCGUUGUAGGUACGCAUGGACCGUUGCAGAUUGUUCCACGUGCGAAACCCAGAUGGGGUGGCUGUUCACAGCAACGAAGAAGAAACUGAAGCCUAGGUCUUUCUGGGGUAUAAGAAUUGCCCAGGUUGCCGACGAGGUGCGUUGAAGUAACGGAGAGUAGUGCUACAAAGUAGAAUCUAGAAUCUGUUGAAGGUAAAUGCCCUAGUUAGUUUUCCCUGAAGACUUGCUAGCUGUGAGUUCGUCACUUUGAAUGGUUUGCUCAUGUAAUUCGAUGAGUUUGUAGCCUUCACAGAACUACGUACGUUUGUUGGGUCACUUUAAAUAGUGUAACUUUUAGGUCUCCUUGAUUUUGUGCUGUAGAUUUUGGUGACGUAAAGAUAAAGAGGGAAGGAGCGAUAAAUUCUUGGUAUCCAUUGUAAAUUCUCUCUCUCAAAAUCUCUGUUACAAGCUCAAAAUAGGAAGGAUUGUAAAAUCGU